CCGAAAUAUACCUAAGCUCGUUCAUAAAUCACAUGAAGAACAUACAGUUGCAAAAGCCGAUCAAGUCGAUUAUUGUCUAAGAAAUUCUAUCAGCUCAACAAUAUCCAAUCAAGUUGAAACUUGUAGGUUUCGUUUGCUAAACACUAAAAGAGGUAUACAAAAGUCGACAAGUCCAAACGUGAAAUCCAUUCUGUUGAAAUUUUUUGAACUUUUGCACCAGUGUAAAAUAAAAAACUUCUAAAGAUGAAAUCUAUUAUUUUCCUAAUAUCGUUUUCAAAUGUUAUUGUAUCAUUUGUUGAUGGAGGUAACUCUCUCCCAGCUUCGAACACAUUGGAAGGAUGUGAGGUCAUAGUUGAUGAAAGAAAUAAUAAUAAUAAUAGGGGAACGGAAACUUUCAAUCCUGUAUGUGCUUCGGAAAAUUAUAAAGAGAAUUAUAGGAAGAAGGUUUUAAUCACAAAUGCAUUUAUUGAGCAUGCUUCUAGCGCAAAUAUAUUGGAGCAAAUAAUUAAUGAAUUGAUUGAUGAUAACGAUGAUUACGAAGAAUUCGUUACAAUCAAUUCGAUGAUAGCUGUACCGGAAUUACCACAAAUGUUAAACUUAGUGGAUUUAGUAGAGUCCUUGCCAUUCAAAGAUAUUCAAGAUAAUUCAAUGCAUUACCAGAAUGAGAUGCAGCUUAAAAUAAAAAAAUUAUUAGGACUUGUUGAUGAGCCUGCAAUUGAUGAAACCCAAAAAGUAGAUUUGGAAAUUCUUGGACAAAAGAGAAGAAAUUGUACUAGACCAGUUUUAGAAAAUAUAAUCCAACGUGUAUUAGAUCAACCCGAGCAGGAUGUAUGUGAUAAUGCCACUUUAAGACGGGUGUGUCGUAUGCUAGGAAUAUACAUAAGUGCACAAUUUCCAGAAUCACACAUAAACAUCCUUCGGAUUAAGUACAGCUUAGGUGAUUGUAUUCUAUAUCAUGGACCUCGUAAUCACUUAAUAUACAAAAAACAAGAUGGCGCAUGGGGGCAAUUAAAGGAAGAUGGUUCAUUUCAUCUACUUAAGGAUCAGUUAGCUGAAAACCGUAAAAAAAAUUCCAAUGACCUUUGA